AUUAGCCACCACAGGAAACACAAGCUCUCCGACCUUUAUCAACAUGGAUGACAUUGAUCUGCGACGUCAUUUGGAAAACAUGGAGUGCCAUUUCAAAUGGCAGUUAGACUGUAGCCCAUCUAAACUUGAGAACCUCUACCAAGAUCUCCAGGAUCGCCUUCAGACUGGAUGCACCUGGAUGAGCCAGUUGAAGAACCUCCUUGGAUAUGUCCUUCAUGCUCUGGGCUCCAGGGACGAAGCCUUGACAUGUCUUGAGAAAGCAGAGAAGACAAUCAAAGAGCAGGGGGAUAAAGAGAAAGACAGCCUCCUGCUGGUCAACCAGGCAAACCUCGCCUGGGUGCAUUACUUUAGGGGUGAGCUGACAGAGAGCCAAGCUUAUUUGGAAGAAGUGACUCGACUUCAGGAGACUUUACCUGCCCCAUCUGGUUCCCAAAUGUACCCAGAGUUAAGUGGUCAGAAAGGCUGGGCACUGUUAAUGUUUGAGACAAGACACAAACAACAAGCAAUAGAGUGCUUCAAAAUUGCCUUGAAAUAUGCACCCCAGAAAAGACACUUCCACAAAGGCCUUGCUCUUGCCAUGGGAUGGGGUUACACAGAAUCAGAAGUUACCCCAGAGUUGAAAAGGGAAAUUGUAGAAAAGCUUAGGGUUGCAAAACUAAUGAAUGAAAAUGACAUAUGUGUUGCAGCAUUGCUUAUUAAUUUACUUCUCAACAGUGGGGAGAAAGAAAAGGCUCAGGAAGAGGCAAACAAAUUGGCAGAAGAACUCAUUGCCUCUGGAUGUCUUGAUGGUCUCAACAAUGUCCUGCGUCUUAUGUAUCGCUUAAAUGAAUAUGACAAAGCCAUAGAUGUUGCAAAGACUAUGUUGGAUUUAUUUCCACGUUCAACCCGAGCAAAGAAGAACCUCGCUAUCAGCUUGUAUUGGAAGGUCAUUUUCUUGAAGGAGAAAACUGAGGAGCGAACCGCUAUGGCCACAAGGGCUAUUGCCCUUUAUGAGGAGGUGAACACUCAGCAUUUUGUCAAGGGGCGUCGCAGUCUUGCAACAAUGUAUGUGAAAGUAGACAAUUUUGAUGCUGCAAAUAACAUUUAUGAAAACCUUUUAGGUCAAGAACACCUCUGUGAUGCAGAUAAGCAACUCCUGUACACGGAGUAUGGUCACUGUCUUUACAAGUGCAAUCGUAUCUCUGAGGCAGUAGACAUGUACAUAAAAGCUGUGCAAGUUCCUGUAGUCUCUGACAACAGAGAUAGGUGUAUUAAAAAACUUGUGUCACUUGUCAGAUAUGGAAGGCAUAACAGAGGUGAUGAAAUCUGGGCCUUUCUGCUUGACCUGCUCUGUGUUAGCUGCAGGCAUAAUGGGCGUAAAUUACUUCUGAAGAAGUGAUUAUCACAUGGUGUAGCACAUGUUUUCAAGAAUAGUUUAAAAUAGUUCAAAAUAUCUUUCAAAGCUACCUGUACAGAGUGUAGAACUAAUCACUGUCUGAUAUGUAAAAUGGGAUUAAAAAAAAUAAAAUAGAAAUUAAUUACACUCUGUGUUUUAUGUGGAAGAAACUUCCUUUGAUAUAUUUAUUCUGUUUGUUGUCAUAGUUCAGUUAGUUGUCUCUUCAGAUUGUUUUAUCUCUUCACACAUUAGUUCAACUGUUUUUUCUCCAAAAAGUAAACUUGCUUCCCAUACUAUUAAGAUCUUGUGUGCAAGUUCCAUUUACACUGACUAUGGAGAUUUAUUUUUGAUUACUGUGAGGGUUUACUUCUUUUUAUCACUGUAUAUUUGCACUCUUUUCAGAUGGGUCUGAAUAAAAUAUGUUUGUAAAAUGGUUGA